AAACCAGAGCCAAAGCAACAGGCAGAGGAGCAUCUUUUUGUAGCGUGCGCGACUGUAAAGUGUCUGCGUGCAAACAUAUUUUAAUAUGGAGUCCGUUAUACCAAUGUGCCAGUUGUGCGAGUCUAAUCACAUUUGGACUGCAGACGUAAAAAAAAGUAAACAAAUAAAAAAAAUCACAGGCUUGUCUAAGGAGACAUCAUCUGCAGAAAACUGUCCAACAGCCAGCAACCAUCUACUCCUCCCCCUCUGGUAAGGGGGAAAAUGUUUCGCUCCUUAUAGUGGUCCACAAUAACCUGCGCAGACCGUGAACCUGACAAAAAAACGCGACAUACGUGCACUUAAAAGAAAAAAAAAGAGAAAGAGAGAGGGAGAGCUACAAAAAUCACUCGAAUUGAGACGUACGGAAGAAAAAAAAACUAAUUUCAUAGGACAUCUUGACAGAAGGCGUUAUUGGGAGUGGAACGGCACUGGUUGUCCCGUGAACGAUGGAUUUUCCAAACAUUCCAUUCGGUUUCAAAGACCCGAUCCUUAACCGAUUACUAAAUGAUUCCUCGUUUCAUUUUAAUAUGAGUGGUUACAACUUCACCACUGAGGGACCGUUGCCCAUUGGCAUCAGGAUUACCAUUGUUGUGGUUUAUAUGAUCGUGUGUGUAGUCGGACUUGUUGGAAACUGUCUUGUUAUGUACGUCAUUAUCAGAUAUACUAAGAUGAAAACUGCAACCAACAUAUACAUCUUUAAUUUGGCUCUUGCAGAUUCUCUGGUUCUUAUGACCUUACCUUUUCAAGGCACUGAUGUGUUCCUUGGCUUCUGGCCCUUUGGUAAUAUACUCUGCAAGAUUGCAAUCUCAAUUGACUAUUACAAUAUGUUUACAAGCACCUUCACGUUAACCAUGAUGAGUGUGGAUCGUUAUAUUGCUGUUUGUCAUCCAGUGAAAGCACUUGAUAUGCGAACCCCUCAGAAAGCUAAAGUGGUCAACAUUUGCAUUUGGGCAUUGGCUUCUGCAAUUGGCAUACCAGCAAUGGUGAUGGGUGCUACAGAGACAGAAUUAAUUGACAUUGAGUGCAUAAUUGUUCUUCCGCAUCCUCGCAGCUACUGGGAUCCAGUGUUUGGCACCUGUGUCUUUUUGUUUUCCUUCAUUAUUCCAGUGGCUAUCAUUACAGUCUGUUACAGCCUGAUGGUGAAACGUUUAAAAAAUGUCAGAGUGCUUUCUGGUUCAAAGGAAAAGGAUCGGAAUCUACGUAGAAUUACUCGGAUGGUUCUAGUGGUGGUAGCGGUGUUUGUGGUUUGUUGGACACCAAUUCAAAUCAUGGUGUUGGUUCAGGCCUUGGGUUGCACCCUUGACAAUGGAGUCACAGUGGCACUGAUGCACUUCUGCAUUGCUCUGGGAUAUGUCAACAGUAGUCUUAACCCAGUUUUAUAUGCAUUCCUAGAUGAAAAUUUCAAACGAUGCUUUAAAGAAUUUUGCUACCCUUCAACUUUCAGAACAGAGCUACAACAGUCGAACAGAAUGCGUAGUAUUGCCAAAGAAGUGGCUUACAACUGCAAGAACACCGAUGGGACUAGCAAUCCAACAUGACUAGGCGUGGAAUUACCUCUUGUUAACACUAAUCAACCAAAACCAGGCAGUUCACAUGUUGAGCUUACCCAGAUAACAGCUCUUUGAACAAAAUACUACUCAUCUCUAUUCCUGUAAAUCUAGUACUGUAUAUACAAUGACAACAAAAUCAUCAUUAAGUGCCAGAGACAUAGUGCAAACAAGCAGAACACCCUUCAGUAAACAGUGUACGAUCUUAAACUGUUUAGGCAGUCAGUACUGUAUAUAUGAAAAUGUACAUGUGAAACAAAAUACUCAAAACAAAAUCUUUAUUGUAAAUGUAUGUUUUCCUCUAUAAAAAGUGUAUUUAUGAAGAUAAUGUAUUACAAUUAGACUCAAAAUUCAGAUCUGUAUUUUACUGUGUUUUAUUAUUGAAGAAAAAUUAUUUUGUAAAAUCCAGUUAAGAGUGUUUAAUAAGACAUUGAAUCACUAUUGUUCUUAAAUUGUACUUGGAAGAAUAUUAUAAGAGUAAAGUGUGCCUCAAAAAAUUGGUAAUCACUGCAUUUUUAAAAAUCUGAUUCCUGCAUGUUGAUUCAUGUCUUAUAAAAGCUUAGCUUUUUGAAUGUUGCUACACUUGCCUAAGCUGAAAAUGCUUUAUAGAAAAUGUAAUCGUGUUACAAACUUCCAAGCUUAAGAAAAUGUUGCUAAGAUGUUAUGAAAUGCAUUCAGUAUUUAUGUGCUAUUACUAGUUAAUAUGAAACAGAAGCAGAAAUUUUGUCAAGAUGAUACUGUCAAUUUGUUUGACAAAUUAAAGUCGAGCCCUGCAAAAAAUAGUUUGCCAAGGAUUUUAGUGCCUUCAGCUUGAUUUAUUAUUCUUCAUACUGUGGGUGUCUGUAUGUGCACAUUAAUUCUUGAUAUAUCAAGAAAACUUCAUUAAUUAAGAGAAACUGCACAAAAACAACUAAGGCAUCCAAGGCAGCAUUGUUUUGAGUAUCAAUUUUUUUUUUAUUUAAUAAAGACAAUUGUGUGUU